AUGCCAGAAGAUAGCGCAUUGGUUGUUGGCGUUUUAUCUCAACUUCUGGGCAGUUCCGAAGUGACAUCCAUCGAAAUCUUACCAGGAGGACUAAAUGAUUGGGAAACAAUUGAUCUUCCACCGGAUACUCCUAGACCAUCUUCUCGUUUCCCUUUUUUAUUCGUGGAAGGGAACCUAGGGAUACCUCAAAAAGUUCUCUAUGCUCUAUAUCUUGCCACAGCGUCUAUAUCCUGGCGCUCCGCGAGCGUUGACAAUGCUAUCAAAGCAUCGAGUGUCAUAAUUAUCCUCAAUCCAGCUCACCAAACUGCCUUGAACGCUCGCAAAUCUCUCAUCACACAAGGGCAUCUGGACCCUGAGAAGGAGCUGGUUCUAUUGGAAUUAAUUGCACGGGGCUCGCCCGAAUGCGCAAAACAAUCUGUAAUAUGGGAUCAUCGUCGGUGGUGUUUAAGUCAAAUAUUUGGCUUAAUGGGUGCAUGUCAAACCACACAACCUCUUCAGUUCUGGGGAAGCUCCGAAGAGAUGCAGUUAUAUCCGAAGAUAGGUCCUACUGCUGUCCAGCGCGAACUGGCACUAGUCCAGCACACCUGUGAGACAUAUCCUCGUAACUAUCAUUCAUGGACGUACUGGCAUUUCAUCAUCGACGUUUGUUACGCUUCAGUAUGCUCAACGGAUAAUAGCGCAAGGCAGCAAGAAUUUCUUGGAAUCAUUGUAGCGGAAUGUAAACGCCUCCGACAUUGGGUUGAACAGCAUGUAUCCGAUUAUUCCGCGAUGCAUCAACUGUCCCAAACCCAUAAUCUUCUCGAUCAUCUGAAGACUCGGGGGAUGCUCACUAGUGAUAUUGACGGGGUUUUCACCUCAUCAAUACUCAUUGACCACGCUCUAUCCUUGCUGAUUUCUUAUCCAUCCCAUGAGUCGCUUUGGAUGUACUUACGGAUAGCACUUUUGAACGAAACUAGUACAAACCACUCUGUGAUAUUGGACAAGCUUGAACGGCAAAUUCCCCCCUCCAACUUAAAACGACAAUUCUUCAAAUGGCUGUCAACAACAAUCCCUCUACCUGAAGCCUAUACGAGACCUAAAGAAUGUAACGAAUAUUAG